AUGAGAAAUCAUGAAAGUCGACCUCGUGGUACUGCCCCAUUCCCUAAAGUGAAUGCUGCACAUUUUCAUCAAACCAGACGUGAAAAAAGCUCUGGCCCCAAUCGUGGCCGUGGUCAUAGUCGAGGUAGAUAUUUUAAUCAGGGUGAUCGUCUUGCAUUAAACAAUGACCCUCAACACCAGCAGUGUAAAAAGAAGGGUAAGGCUCCUGAAGCAACGCCAAAGACGAACUUUGAAAGUAAAUGUUAUCGAUGUGGAGGAAAGGGGCACUGGUCGCGUACCUGUCAUACGUCAAAGCAUCUGGUAAAGCUCUGUCAGGCGUCCCUUAAGAAAACGGAUAAUGACGUUGAGGCAAACUUUAUCUCUGAAGAUAAUUUGAGCCCAUGA